AUGCACGCAGCCAGAAGCCCCGGCAAGUCCGAAUCUGUCAGUGUACAUGUAUCCGCCAAUGAUUGCCUUCUUAAUCUGAUGGAUGUGCCGACGGUCCUCCACUACGAAAGCAAAGUCCAGCUCAAGGAGCUGUACCGGGAGGGCCUUCGACGACCGGUUUUUUAUUCCGAACCAAAGCAGUUCGAACAAACGCAGGUGCUGGUUGGCACAUUUGUUCCGAAGCUCCGAACAUGGCUUGAGGCAAUUGUGAAGGCUGCCAACUUUAUGGAUCAGGACGCGAUGUCUGUUGACCUCCAGGACCUGCUGAGAGCGCGCCACCAUGCGAUUCUCACUCGGCGCUCCACGCAGCACGUCGGGGUCAUGCUGUGCAAGCUGGAGCAGGACAGUCGGAAGCUCGCAUCACUGGGUGUCGUCUUCAACUUUGAGGAACUUCAGAUCCACGAUGACGACCAGAAUGAGCUGGAGAGCUUUCAAGAUGUUUUUCAGCAGUUUAUCGGUCUGCAUCCAGGCCUGCCACUAGAGCCUUUGCCGGCGGAGGAGGAGGAAGACCCUGCUGCAACGAUGAAUCUGCUCGAGGGCCUCUCUGACCAGGCACCGACAGAGAUCCGGCGGCACAAGCUGCUAAGGUGGCAAGCAGCUUUGCGUCGCCUAGCCAGCACAGGUCCUCUGGUGCCGGAGCAGCCUUCUCUGGAGGUUCUGGAGUUGGCGACCACUCUGCUGCUUCCGCAGCUGCUCCACAGCAAGGCUUUGAGCUUCAGCGCGGGUAGUGAUUCUGCGCGAAGCUGCCCGGCCUUCGACAUGUCAGAACAAGCUUUUGGGCACAUGGCCCCAAUGCCUAACGUGGCCUUAGGCGAGCUGGAGGUGCUCCUCUGCGACAUCUUGGCGGAGCUCUGCGACCUUUAUCCGAAACAUAUUUGUCCCCUGCUCUGGCGCCUGUUUCGAGAAUAUUUGAAGGAUCCUGGACACUGGCAUUCCUGCUUACUGGUGUUGGCCCUUCUGACGCGGCUCUCGUGCUUCCCUUGGCCUCUGCCGUAUCGGAGGGGGUGGGGGAACAGGGGUGUUACAGUUUAA